UACAGGGACUAUAGAGGCAUAGGUACAGUGCUGCAGCUAUACUGACAACCUUGUAGUGCAGACACAGCCUACGGUGACAUAAGGGGCUUUUCCACUGUAGGAACACCACCUCCCUGAGCGAGGGUAGUUGUGUCUACACCUGGAGUUAGGCCUGCAUACCUACAUCGUUGCAUUGUCCAGGGGUGUGGAUUUUUCACAUCCCUAAGCAAUGUAGUUAUGUCAAUGUAAAUUUUAAGUGUAGAGCCGAUCUAAGACUAAGCCGAGACAACAGUUUAAUAUAACAAACAGCUGGAGGGAGGCCAUGCAAAUAAUGAGGCAGUUAUGAUUAUGUCUAAGGACUAUGUAAUUAGCAGCCAUCACAGAACUUCAGCAGCCUGUUACCAAGCAUUUAGUAUUUAGCAGCGUAGGUUGGUUUUAAUAAGAGAUUUAAAAGAGGCCAAUGUGGUUGCUUUCAGUUUUUCAUAGCGAGCGCCUCUCAUGCAGAAGGAGCAGUAUGGGAGAAAGAUUUUUGCAGCUGCAUUUUGAAUGGCUAAAAUGGCUUUGUUUUGACUGGAGACGUUGGUCAGUGUUUGAGGUGGAGGCUGCUUAACCGUUUCAGUCACCUGUUUACAAUGGCUUCUUUAUAUUUAUCCUGAAUGCAAGGUGGCAGUUACACCCCGCCCAUAAUAUCGGGGUUUAGCCUGACCCAUAACAUUUGUCAUAUACAGCACCUUUCAUCCAGAAGACAACAUGCUGUUUACUAAUUCUAUACAGAAAUCACUUCUACUUUUGAAAGGCAGCCAUCUCUGGGGGGAAAUGCCGCAGGUGCUUAACAACGUUAUGCAACUACAUGAGACAGGAAGCUGAGGAGAAUGCCAUCAUGCAAGGAAAAUUAAGGAAGCAGAAUGUAAUCUAAGUUAUAAUUUGGCUGGGACAGUGGGGCUAACACCACGAUUCUAACAAAAAUUGCCUUAGGAGCUUUAGUGUUGGGACCUCAAUUAUUCAUUUCUUCUGAAAAAACAUGCUGCUUGCAGCAGAGGGUGCUCCUUAGCUGCACAUUAGGGCAUCAGUUCAGUACUGACUCAGACCAAAAAUGGCCAGCUACUGACUAACUAGCACUAUGAGACUCUUGUCAGGGCUCCCAUUUAAACAGUAACCCUGCUCAGCUUGUGAAAGCUACUAGGAUACACUGCACAAGGCUACAAGUCUUGCAGUACCCUAAUGUCACAGAUGUAAAGAGGGAAUUUCUUGGAACUGAUUAGGGAAUAAAGCAGAACAGGUUUCAGAAUCUGUAGUGGUAUAUUUUGAAGUAGUAUGUCUUGGAAAGGUUUGCUGAGGGGAGAACACAGUUUGGUUCAGUUGGAGCCCAUGCUGUGCUCACUGAUCUUUCUCCCGGUUGUUUUAUUGCAUCUUCUUUGAGCGUCUUAUAGUAACUGACAAGGUUGAUUUAUUUUACUAGAACGUGACAGCACCCAAUGGGUUAAACUGUGACAGAGGAAACCAGACUUCUCCUUCUGGGGUGUGACUGCGACUACAUCUGAAAGAUCAAAAUUAAAAAAGAAGAUUCACACUCUGAGAUGAUUAUGGAAGGAAAUUAUGCAACAAAGAGAGGGCUUAUUGGAACUGUUGUGUUACCUCCCAGCUCACUGCCUCCUUGUUUUCCACAUCUUCCAGCCUCCCAACCAUGGCUGCUGGGAGUAGACUUGGAUGAAAUGGACACUUUCUGCUUUUCAGGAUUUUGCUCCGCUGAAAAAAGGUUGGAAAGAGCGGCAUCCGGAUACGGAAUUGAGUGAGAUUCCUGCAGCGCACCCGAAAUGCCAUGGAAAGGCUGGAGUAGGUUCUUCCUCCGCCGGCUCCUUUCAUUCACCCGCAGGCUUGGGAUGAAGCUGUUCCCUGAACAAUGGUCCGCCGAGGGUGUAAGGCAGAGUGACUUCCCGGAGCAGGAAAUGCCAGCGACUGUGAUGCCGGGGAGUCCGGUCCAGCUGAACGGUGUGACCCUGGAGUCUGAACACCCGCAGUCCGUGAGCCAGCCCCAACCUGCCUUCCAGAUCCAGCCCGUGACCCCAGACGCUGCCCCCUGCCAGCCCAGGGAGACGUGGGGUGGGAAAUACGAGUUCCUGCUCUCCUGCAUCGGGUAUUGCGUGGGGCUGGGCAACGUCUGGCGCUUCCCCUAUCUCUGCUACCGCAAUGGAGGAGGGGUCUUCCUGAUCCCCUACUUCGUCAUGCUGCUCUUCACCGGCCUGCCCCUGUUCCUGCUGGAGCUCAGCCUCGGCCAGUACGGCGCUGCAGGGCCCAUCACCGUCUGGAAGUGCUGCCCCCUGCUGAAAGGGAUCGGCGUGGGCAUGCUGCUCGUCUCCUCGCUGGUGUCGCUCUAUUAUAACGUCAUCAUCGCCUGGACUUUCUACUACCUGGGCAUGUCCUUCCAGAGCCCCCUGCCCUGGUCUUGCGACGCUCCACAGAACGUCCCCCCUCUGCCAGAACGCAUCAGGAAACUCCAGUCGGUUCAGCGCCAGCGAGGCCUUUGGAACGAGCAGCUGCUGGGGGUGACGCACAGCUCUGGCCUCCACGACCCGGGCCCGGUGAGGUGGCCGCUCGCCAUAUGCUUGUUGGUCGCCUGGAUCGUCAUCUUCCUGUGCAUGUUAAAGGGGAUCCGCAGCUCGGGCAAGGUGGUGUAUUUCACAGCGACGUUCCCAUACCUGGUCCUCAUCGUGCUCAUCAUCCGAGGAGCCACGCUGGAUGGAUCCAUCGAGGGCAUCCGCUUCUACCUGUCCUCGGACUGGAGCAGGCUACAGAGUGCUCAGGUGUGGAACGACGCUGCCUCACAGAUCUUCUACUCGCUGGGCAUUGGCUUCGGGGGUCUGCUCUCCAUGGCCUCCUACAACAAGUUUGACAACAACGUGAUCAGGGACACCCUGGUUAUUGCCAUCGGGAACUGCUGCACCAGCUUCUUCGCUGGAUUUGCCAUCUUCUCCAUCCUGGGCCACAUGGCGUGGAGGAAGAAAGUGCCGGUGGGGGAGGUGGCCGAUUCAGGUCCUGGGCUUGCCUUCGUAGCCUACCCAGAAGCCCUUGCUCUGCUGCCUGGCUCUGCCUUCUGGUCGGUCCUGUUCUUCCUGAUGAUGUUCACGCUGGGAGUGGAUACCCUGUUCGGGAACAUGGAGGGCAUCACCACGGCCGUGCUGGACGAGUUCCCGGCCCUGCGCGAGUGGAGAUGGAAAACCCUCUUCCUGGGUGCGCUGUGCUUCACCUUCUACCUGCUCGGCCUACUGCUCAUCACCGAGGGCGGCAUUUACUGGUUCACCCUCAUCGACGCCUACAGCACCAGCUUCGGUCUCAUCAUCAUCACCCUCUUCAUGUGCAUUGGCAUUGCCUUCUUCUACGGAGUGAACCAGUUCUGCCGGGACAUCGUUGACAUGAUCUGCCGGUGCCCGCCCUGGUGCAGCAAGCUGGUGCUGUACUUCAAGGCAUGCUGGGUAUUCAUCACGCCGUGCCUGCUGCUGUUCAUCCUCUUCUACAUCUUCCUGGAGAUGUACAACACGACCCUGCACUACGGCGCCUACGCCUACCCGCGCUGGGGCAAGGCCCUGGGCGUGUGCAUGGGCACCGUGACCUGCAUCCAGAUCCCACUCUGGGCGCUCGUGGCCAUCUGCAGGGAGUCGGGGACACUGACGGAUCGGUUCCGGAAAGCCAUCCACCCCCUGAACUCCUGGCGCACGGCGACCACCCAUGCCGAGGUCAUCGACGUCCCCUACACCAUCAACCUGGUGGACAGCGACUUCGGCAGCCCGUCCCAGGGGAGCAGUGAGGCCUGAGGGGCUGGGGCUGGCAGCAGAACCGGGGCUCCAGGCAGGUCGCUGCCAGGGGUGCCCUCUCCGCUCCGGGCAGCUGCUCCGGGCUCCGUUGUGGCAGGCGGAGGCCGCGGCCGGCGCUCCCGGGUCCCACUGGAGGCUGCAGCUGGCCCCUCGCCUGCAGGAACCUGCUGCUCUCCAGCCACAGCGGUGCCAGCAGGGGGUGGGCCGGGGGGGGCAGGACUCUGCUCAGGGCUGUGGCCAGUCAGCCGCCGGGCGCGUCGCAAGAGGGGCCUGGCCUCUGAACCGUCUCAAAACGACAGGGAAAGGAUUG